CAUUGCUGUAAAACAAGUCAGCAAUCAAACAUGGCCGCCCCCCUUCGAGCCGAGGUUCUAAAAUGUUUUCGAUGUCUUCAUCGAACUCGUUUGAAAGUGUUUACGAACGAUGAAGCUGCAAUGGAUGCUGCACGACUCAAAAUCAAUUCUGAAUUCCGAAAAUAUCAAAAAAUAUCAAACCAAGAAACUAUUAUGGAAUUAAUCAAAUUUGGUAACCAAGCUGAAGAAAUUUUGAGGACAAGUGUGGUGCAAGCAAGUCCCGUUGCUGAGAACACUUUCAGGCUCCACAUAACAAAAGAUACCUUCAUGUACAACAACACUCCUUAUAGAGGAUGAUUUGUAAUGUAUAUUAGUAUAUUAAUUGACAAAUAGACAUUCUUUCAACAG